AAAAAAACAGAUUUGACAUUUGGUGAUUGUCAAGAAAUGGCGGUCAACGUUUUACACGAAACAAUUUAGUGUUUUUGCAAUAAAUUCACAGUGAAAAUGCAUAUAAAACAGGUAAUCAUCCAGGGAUUUAAGAGUUACCGCGAGCAGAUUGUGGUGGAGCCGUUUGAUAAACGACACAAUGUAGUCGUCGGUCGUAAUGGCUCCGGGAAAAGCAACUUCUUUCACGCUAUCCAGUUUGUGCUCAGUGAUGAAUUCUCACAUCUACGGCCGGAGCAACGUCUGGCCCUGCUGCAUGAAGGCACAGGACCAAGAGUCAUUUCUGCCUUUGUUGAGAUCAUCUUUGAUAACUCGGACAACAGAAUUCCAAUUGAGAAAGAUGAGAUAUUCCUGCGGCGAGUGAUUGGUUCAAAGAAGGAUCAGUUCUUCCUCAACAAAAAGGUGGUUCCUCGCUCCGAAGUGCUCAAUCUGUUGGAGAGUGCUGGUCUAUCAAACUCCAACCCUUACUACAUUGUCAAGCAGGGUAAAAUCAACCAAAUGGCCAUAGCUCCAGACUCUCACCGGUUGAAGCUAUUGAGAGAAGUUGCGGGAACCAGAGUAUAUGAUGAACGCAGAGAGGAGUCUGUCACUAUACUCAAGGAAACAGUUGGGAAGGUGGAGAAAAUCAACGAGUUUCUACAGACCAUUGAGGAGCGUCUGAAGACCCUGGAAGAGGAGAAGGAGGAACUGAAGGAGUACCAGAAAUGGGACCGCGCGCGGCGCGUGCUCGAGUUCAUCAUACAUGACACCGAGCAUAAGGAGAAUAAGCGCAAGUUGGAUGAGUUAGAGAAACUGCGCACCAACAGCGGCAAGGAGCAGCAACACUACGCCGACAUGGUCAGAGAGGCUCAGGAACACGUCAGGGAGGCUAACAGGAAACUUAAAGAAGCUCGAAAAGAAGUUGCCGCGGCGCGCGAGGAGAAAGACAUCCUGAGUACGGAGCAACAACAACUGUUACGCGAGAAGACCAAGCUGGAGCUCGCCAUCAAGGACCUCACCGACGACGUCGACGGAGAUAACAAGUCCAAGGAACGAGCAGAAGCAGAGUUGGAGCGCCUCAGACAGCAGAUAUCAGAGAAGGAACGCGAACUAGAGGAGCUGAAGCCUAAAUACGAGGAGAUGAAGGCGCGCGAAGAGGAGUGUACCCGCGCGCUCGCGUUGAACCAACAGAAGAGACAAGAGUUGUACGCCAAGCAGGGGCGAGGCACGCAGUUCACUUCCAAACAAGACAGAGAUCGGUGGAUCGAGAAGGAAUUGAAGUCACUAAACAAGCAGAUAAAAGACAAGAAAGACCAUGAAGGCAAACUCCGCGACGACCUACGCCGCGACGCUACCAAACUGACAGAACUAGAGAAAAAGAUAGAAGAGUUGACGAAAGAGAUGGAGAGACAGAGAGUGGCUAUCGACGAACACAACAAGCAGUACUAUGAGUGCAAGAAGAGGAAGGAUCAGGAGCAGAGUGCUAGGAAUGAACUGUGGCGUAAGGAGACAACCCUGACCCAAAACUUGUCAUCUCUGAAAGAGGACUUGGCUAAAGCUGAUCAGGCCCUGCGUUCGAUGGCUGGUAAACCAAUCCUAAAUGGUCGCGACAGUGUGCGCAAAGUGCUGGAGACGUUCCAGGAGCGCGGCGGCGAGUGGGCCAAAAUAGCCACGCAGUACUACGGACCCGUCAUCGAGAACUUUACUUGUGAUAAGACCAUCUACACUGCUGUUGAGGUAACGGCAGGCAACCGUCUGUUCCACCACAUAGUGGAGUCGGACACUGUAGGCACCAAGAUCCUGAAGGAGAUGAACCGACAGUCGCUGCCCGGGGAGGUCACCUUCAUGCCGCUCAACCGGCUGCAAGUGCGCGACAUGGUCUAUCCUAACGACAAUAACGCAAUAGCCAUGGUACAGAAGCUGAAGUACGACCCCAAGUACGCCAAAGCAAUGAAGUACAUAUUCGGCAAGACGCUGAUCUGUCGUAAUCUCGAGUGCGCCACCGAGCUCGGGAAGCAGUUCCAUCUCGAUUGCGUCACCUUGGAGGGUGAUCAGGUAUCAUCAAAAGGCUCGCUGACCGGAGGGUACUUCAACCAGUCCCGCUCUCGUCUGGAGAUGCAGAAGACCCGCUCCGAACUGAUGGAACAGAUCACCACGUUAGAACAAGAGCUGAGCCAACUGCGACAAGAGCUCAAUAAGACCGAGACUAGUAUUAACAGCAUCGUCUCCGAGAUGCAGCGCACGGAGACCAAGCAGGGGAAGGCCAAAGACAUCUUCGACAAAGUGAAGGCAGACAUCCGUCUCAUGAAGGAGGAGCUGGCGUCCAUAGAACGGUUCCGCGGGCCGAAGGAGCGCUCGUUAGCACAGUGUCGCUCCAGCCUGGAAGCCAUGCAGGCAACUAAGGAAGGGCUCGAGUCUGAGCUUCAUCAGGAACUUAUGGAGCAGCUAUCAACAGCCGAUCAAGGCAAGGUGGACGAACUGAACGACGCGAUCCGCCGCCUCACGCAGGAGAAUAAGGAAGCCUUCAGUGCGCGUAUGAACCUCGAAGCCACCAAAAACAAACUUGAGAAUCUGCUCACUAAUAAUCUCAUUAGACGCAAGGACGAGUUGGUCCAAGCGCUGCAAGAGAUAUCGGUGGAGGACCGCAAGCGGCGGUUGGCUAACAGCAAGGCAGACCUGUCUGGCGCGGAGAAGCGCAUCAAGCAGAUCAACAAGGAGAUGGAGGAUGUCGAGCGAAAGGUUCAAGCCGCCGUCAAGAACGAGAAGGCGCUCAAACUCGAGCUCGACAAGUGGAGGAACAAGGAAAAAGAAGCCCAAGACAAGAUGGAAGAGGACGCAAAAGGUCUAGAGAAGAUGGCGUCCAAAGAAGUGUUGUUACAAGAGAAGAUUCAAGAGUCCCUGGACAAGAUCGCGGCGCUCGGAACACUGCCCAACGCGCCCGAGCUGCACGCCAAGUACCAGAAGAUGUCGCUCAAACAACUAUUUAAAGAACUGGAAAAAGCCAACCAGCAUUUGAAGAAGUACAACCACGUGAACAAGAAGGCUCUCGAUCAGUUCAUCAGCUUCUCCGAGCAGAAGGAAAAGCUGUACAAAAGAAAAGAGGAACUCGAUAUUGGUGGCGAGAAGAUCCGCGAGCUGAUAGAGACGCUAGAGCACAGAAAACUUGAAGCCAUACAGUUCACAUUCAAACAAGUGAGCAAGAACUUCACGGAGGUAUUCAAGAAGCUGGUGCCGCAGGGCCGCGGCAGCCUCAUCAUGAGGGCCAACGCUGAUGAGGAGGGCGUGCAUCCUGAUCGCGCAAACGCUGACCAGUUCACCGGCGUAGGCAUCAAGGUGUCGUUCACGGGCGGCGAGGGCGACAUGCGCGAGAUGAACCAGUUGUCCGGCGGACAGAAGUCGCUGGUGGCGCUGGCUCUCAUCUUCGCCAUACAGAAGUGUGAUCCGGCGCCCUUCUACUUGUUUGAUGAAAUCGAUCAGGCGCUCGACGCUCAGCACAGGAAAGCAAUCGCCAACAUGAUCCACGAGCUGUCAACGUCAGCCCAGUUCAUCACGACCACCUUCCGACCGGAGUUGCUAGAGCAUGCGCACAAGUUCUACGGAGUCAAGUUCAGGAACAAAGUGUCUCACGUCGAGUGCGUCACGCAAGAAGAGGCGAGAGACUUCGUCGAAGAUAGUGCUACCCACGCGUAGAUUUUGUAUGGAAAACAGUGGCUUCAUCACAGAACACUAAAGGCGAGUUUCGAUUAAAGUGGACAGGAGUAGGUUUCCACCAAUCACUGCGAGGGCGACAGUAUCUUCUGUCUCGCUUUCUCGCAUACUGUGCUCCGCUUUAGUAGAACCCACGAUUUAAAGGAGUUGGCAGCAGUUCGUUUCGUUAACAACAGUUUUGUGCUAACGUUCGGAGCGUAAGACAGUAGAAGGCAUCGCAUAAACGGUACAAUAUAAUGACGUAAACCCGGAAUUGUUCCCAACAGAGCUCCAUUCACACGCCAACUCUUUCUUAUUGCUCUAGCUAUGUACAUAUUCCGUAAUAUUGGAUAUGGUAAUGCCUAAAUCUUUUUGUAUGAACACGCAAAAUUGAGUGAGAUACCCUCUCGAUUGUGCAUGUUAGUAUCCCCGGAGAUUCGUAGCGAGCCUGUCGCGAAACUCGGGAUUGUGACCCCAAUUUAAAUGGACAUUAUUGCAAAGGGAUUGGUAACAAUUUAUUUAGGUACGUUCUUUUUAUUUGGUAUUUUUUUAGUUUUGACGGAUUAUAAUUAUUUAUGUGCUAAGAUCUUCAAUUUUUCUUAAUUUUCCUCAAAGUACUCGUUACUUAAGACUAGAAAUAGCUAUUUUUAAUUUAUCACCAAAUUUUUGAUCAUUCAUCCUGACAUAAUUUAUUUCUUCUAAUAUCGGAUUACUGUAAUGAUUCCAAAUGUUUUCUAUCAGUACAAAGACUAAUUGAUAAAUGUAUAACUAAAGGACAAUGUACUUCCGCAAGACUUUAAAACGUGACGUUUGUUAAUUACAUUUAAUGUUAAGUUAAAUAUAAAUUUUCCAUUUUAUAA